AUGUCGAUCCGUGGUACAAAUGCUGCUCAGGAUGGGCGUUAUUUUACGCAAGAGAAGAAGCUACUGGCAAAGAUGACGUUCCCUUUAUGUUUUAAUCAACAUGUAGAUAUGAAUAAAGUACAGCGUGAAGUGAUUAGUCAAUGGGUUACCGAACGCAUUACACAAUUGCUGGGCUUUGAAGACGAGAUUGUUGUAGCUAUGGCAAAUAAUUUACUGGAACCAAAAGUAGAUGAAAAACUGGACCCAAAACAGCUGCAAAUGGCACUUACAGGAUUUCUUGAGAAACAGGCAGGAACGUUUAUGGAAGAGUUGUGGCAGCUGCUGCUUAGUGCACAGAGUAAUCCCACGGGUAUUCCAAGCUCUAUUUUGGACAAGAAGAAGAGAGAAAUGCAACGUCUUGCAGAAGAAAAGGAUCAACUAAAGAAGGUUUUGGAUGCCAAGAGGAUGGAAAGUCAGAGGCAGAGUAGAGAUGGCGAUAGACGAGAAGAGAAACAGAAAGAGACUGUCGUGAAAGUUGAACGACGAAGUUCUUUUGGACCUCGUGAGGAGAGAAGACGGUCUAGAAGUUUGCAACGACGUCCACGUGGACGAUCGAGGAGUUUACGUAGACGUAGACGCUCACCUAGUCCACAAAAGCGACGACGGUCGCGUAGUUUACCACGAGGUCGAUUUUUGAGACGUGGAAGAUCACGGUCACCGUCUGUGAAACGUCGUCGUCGACGUCGACGAUCGCCGUCUCGAUCGCCAGACCGGAUACGCGAACGACGUUCCGCACGUAGUGGGAGGUCAUCGAGACGAAAGAGCAGCCGCCGCUCUCGUCGUUCUCCAUCCAGCUCUUCGUCGGAAUCCCGCCAUCGCUCGCCGUCCUCUUCACGUUCGUCGUCCUCUUCACACUCACCAUCGCCUGCUCGUCGCCGAAAGGAUUCUUCUGAUAGUGAAUCGGACAGUGACUAA